AUGCUCUGUUUGGUGUGUAUUGCUAGAGAGGUUUUUUUUUUUUUUUCUUGGGAGGGUGCAUAUGAUCAGCACAGGGCCAAUCAGCACUGUCCAGACAGAGGGUCAGGGGUUCUGUAUCCUCCUAGAGCAAAAAGAAAACCCCUCCUACAAGCUUUAACCAGUGCUCUACUGAACACUGAUAGAAGUCACAAGACUGCUAUAUACUGCUGAUGAGAAAAGGUAUUUAGCGGUUUAUAUUUACUAAAAUAAUUGCAUUUCCAUGUUGUGUGUGCUGUAGGAGAGUGGAUAUAGUGAAUGCAGGGUCCGGGGAGACCAGAUAUAG